ACUACAAUUAUUUCUAAUUAUUACAUAAUUCACAAUAUUUAAUAACAAUUUUUAUUAAUUAAUUGAAUUAAAAUUAUUUAAAAAUCAACCAAACCGAAUGUUGACUUCGGUUUGACCAUGGCUCAACCGAAGUCUUCGUUCGGUUGCAGGCGAUGCGGAACGCGGAGCUUUACCUUCUUCUCCGGCGAGCACGGACGGCAGGCGAGAGGAGGGCUGACGGCGACGGCUGGGCGACCACGCGACAGCUGGCGCUGGGGGCGAAGACGGCGACUGCUGGCGACGACGCUGCGCGACUCCGACUCCGGCGGCGUGGGUUGCGGCGGCGGACGACGCUGCGGACUGACGCGACGCCGACUCCGGCGGCGUGGGUUGCGGCGGCGGACGACUCCGGCGGCGGACGACUCCGGCGAGGGUGGGUUGCGCUGCUUGUUGUCGGGGGGGGGGGGGGGGGGGAGGGGGGGGAGUUGUCUGUUGUCUGUGUCGGGGGAGAGGAAGGGGGUAAGGGGUUGUUUGCUUAGGGUUUAUUUUUGAAUUUUAGAAAGGGUAAUUCAGUAAUUUACGUAUUAAGUUAGGACGAUAGUUAGUAAUUUUUAGGACGACCUUUAACCCUUCAGUUAUUAAACCUUACGGCUAAAUUGGAAGUUUGGUUACCAGAAUUACUUAAAAUAUUCACGUUUGUCACUAAAAUUAAUUUAUUUCAUCCAUAGUCACUUAAAUUAGGUUAACAGUUCAAAUUUGGUAACUCGUUGUUAGUCUUCGUUAAAUUUUACUGAUGUGACGGUCAACUCUUAGUUGACCGUUAAAUAAGUGACGUGACAAUUAAAAAAUAAUAAAUAAUACAAAUAUAAUUAUAAUUAUUUUUAUUUUCUAGCUAAUUAUUAUAAAUUAAAAAAAAAUCUUAAUUCUUUUAAUUAUUAUUUUCCACCACCAGCAGUUGGAUGCUGAAUUGUUCUCCGUCCACCGCUCCUCCGUCGCCAACAGAGCUUCCUAGGUCGUCUUCCUCCUCAAAACAUCCUACAACUUAGCUCAAUAUUUUCGUGGUUGUCGAUUCAUCGGUGUUGACCAUGGGUUACAAGUAUUGGUUACAUAAGUGGUCUCUAGCUGUUUAAUUUCUGCGGAUAUACCGUGACGAACAUCGGAUUCCGGAGAACUUCAAUAACGAUACAUUCAACUUGAUCUGCUCAUACAAUCAUCUACAUAACCAUUCCAUAACCAAGGUCCAAGAAAUCUACAGAAGGCAAAAAUUGAAAGUGGGGUUGAAUACCCGACAAACUUUUGUAAGCAACGAAAAUCUUAUGCUUGCUACAUGAACAAGCUAAAUUAAUACUGAUGAACAACACGAGUAUUUGCAAAUGAAAAAUCUGAUCUUUUUUCUUUUCUCUACACAUUAGGUUGAGAGAUCAAUACAAUUGAUGGUUUCCAAUCAACUACAUUUUCACUUGAACAACUCAUCAAAUUGGGAAAAAGAAAAAAGAAAAGUAGUCAACAGUUUCCUACAGUUUGGCGAUAGGCGUGUUUGAUUCAAGCAAAUGGCGCGUCUUCUCUGUGGAAAUUCAAGAGAGACAGUAAAGACUUGGAAAUAUCGUGCUCCCUCUCUCUAUCUCAAUUUUGAUGUUGAUCCGACCUCUGUUAUUGUCUCUAUAUAUGAAACAGAGCUUUUGUUGCUCUGUUUUUUUCCAGGAACUUGCAACCUUCUGUUCGUGAAGGCUUGGUCCAAACGAGAAAAGAUCGUGGCUUUAUACAAAUCCAACUACAAGAUUUUUGUUUUCCCUUGUAAGAACCCUUCUAAGACACAGUUUCAUCGUCUAUUUGGGAGAUCCUCGUCAGAAACCGUGGACGACCUAGAAGCUCUGUUAGCGACGAAGGAGCUGUGGACAGAGAACAAUUGGAAAAUAAUAAUUUACGUGAUUUGGCUUAGUUUACGUGAUUGUGAUGGGAGUAAAGCUCCCGGCCCGGACGGAUUCUCAUUCGAUUUUUACAAAAAAGGCUGGCAAUGGUUGAAAGGAGAUAUUUUGAAGGCGUUUCAGGAUUUCUUUGAGUCAGGAUUUUUUCCGGAUUGUGUCACACACUCUUUUGUGUGUUUGACCCCCGAAGAAGGAUGUGAUUGAGGACAUAAAAGACCUAAGGCCGAUAAAUCUGAUCGGGAGCAUUGACACCUUAUAUUCUGUGAGCCUAAGCAUGAUCAUGUAUUGAAUGUGUUGGCUACGAUUGUCUGCUUCCAAGCUGUGACGGGAUUAAGGAUUAACCUGGAAAAGUCUGUUAUGUACACGGUUGGGGAUGUGGCUGAGCCUAGUUACUUUGCCGCCAUAUUUGGAUGUAAAUGGAGCCGAGACCCCCCUAAAUACCUCGGUUUUCCUUUAAGGGCCAGACAUAAUGAUUCGAGCAUUUGGGACCCGAUAAUUGAUAAAGUUCAAAAGAAACU